AUGGGGCGGUCGCCGUGCUGCGACGGGGAGGCUGGCGUGAAGAAGGGCCCGUGGACGCCCGAGGAGGACAAGCUGCUGGUGGACUACAUCCAGGAGAAGGGGCACGGCAGCUGGCGCCACGUGCCCAAGCUCGCCGGCCUCAACCGCUGCGGCAAGAGCUGCCGCCUCCGCUGGACCAACUACCUCCGCCCCGACAUCAAGCGCGGCCGCUUCACCGACGACGAGGAGAAGCUCAUCAUCCACCUCCACUCCCUCCUCGGUAACAAGUGGUCGUCGAUUGCUACGAAGCUGCCGGGGAGGACGGACAACGAGAUCAAGAACUACUGGAACACGCACCUGCGCAAGAAGCUGCUCGGCAUGGGCACCGACCCCGUCACGCACCGCCCGCGCACGGACCUAAGCCUGCUCGCCGGGCUCCCGGGUCUCCUCGCGGCAGCCGGUAACUUCGGCGGCGCCGGCUCGGCCACGGGCGCCUGGGACAUGAACGCGCUCAGGCUGCAGGCCGACGCCGCCAAGUUCCAGCUGCUUCAGGGGCUGGUGCGCGCGCUCACCGCCGCCGCCGUGCCCGCGCCCGCACCCGGCAUGGACAAGCUCAUGGCACUCCUUGCUGCCAGCAACGGUGGGCAGAACGGCGCCGGCAUUGACCAGAGCAUGCUGCUCCAGCAGUGCCAGUGGGACGGCAUGAACAACCUGCCGGCGCUUACCAGCUCCACGCCGGUGAACGGCAUGGACAACGUCAGCGGCAUGUUCGACGGUUUCGGCGCCGGGGAUGGGCUGAGCUCAACGGAGUUUGGGGGCUAUGGCGGGGAGAGCGGGAGCAACGUGACCGUGGACGCGGUGGCGCCAGCGCGCCCAAUGGUGGCCAACGACCAGGAGUGCAACAACAAUGGCGGCGGCGGUGUGUCGUGCGACCAGACGCCGGCGUCGAGCCCGUUCAACGGGCUGGAGAGCCUAAACCUGAUGGAUGACCUCAACACAGACGGUAGUUGGAAGGAUUUGCUAGAGCAAAUGUCAUGGCUGAACUCAAGUGAGCUGUGA